CCAAAACGGAACGAAAUGGACUUCGUAAACAUGAAGGGAUAUCACUCGAUAAACAUUCAGAUGAUAUGUGACCCGCAGUUCCUAAUCACUGACGUUGUGGCGAAGUGGCCAGGCAGUGUCCACGACAGCCGAAUAUUUAGAGAGAGUUCUAUCUGCGCCGCGUUCGAGAAUGGUCAGCUUGAUGGGUUACUAUUGGGAGAUUCCGGCUAUGCCUGUCGGAAAUUUCUUUUGACUCCUUAUCUGCAUGCACAAACGCAAUCACAGGAAAGGUACAAUAGAGCACUGACUAAAACAAGAGUGCUGAUUGAACAGACCUUCGGCGUUCUGAUGCGUAGAUUUGCCUGUCUCAGUUAUGGUUUGAGGGUGGACGAGGUGAAGGCAUGCCGCAUCGCCAUGGCGUGUGCUGUGUUACACAACAUAGGCAUAAAAAGACAGGAUGUGUUUGCAAGAGGGACGCCGCCAUCUGACGACCACCCAAUGAAUGUUACCGAGGCUAACAACCAGAACGGGGCACACUACAGAGAUUACAUCUGUGCGACCUACUUUCCAGAGUAGGAUUA